AUGUCCAAACAUGAAGUUAUCCUGUUGAAGGAAAAAAUUACUGUACAUAUCGAUCGUCAUCCAUUUGAAAGUACAUCAUUGAUACAAUCAUCGGACAUUGAUAAGCUUGAUGGCACAUCAUCAAUCAGGCUAGAAUUGUAUCAACAAUAUACGAAUGCUGCUAAACAAAUACGAAGCAAUAUGAUGACUAGUUACGCGGAAUUUGCUGAAAGAGAACAACAAGAAUCUCAAGAACAAUUCGAUAUUGCAAUGAAAGAAUUUUGGGAUAAGGACAAGAGACUUCCAGCCAAUCGAAAAUUGACAACACAGAUGUGUCAUACAAUUGAACAACGUUUAACCAAUAUCAGUACACGUGCCGAAAGCUUAUACAAAUAUAAAACUCAGUUGCUUCAUCUUCAACCAAAUCAACAUUGA